UAACCGUUUUUUGUAUUAAAUUCUAUCACGACAUAUUUUUAACUUGAAGUGUUAUUUAAUUGGGAAUUUUCGACUGAAAAUGGAAGACGCCACAGACUCUUUGCAGCUCGAACCAGUUCAGCAAAGUGAAGUGUGUGAGAAAAGGCUGUGGAUUGGCAAUCUUGACUUACGAGUUAAUGAGUAUCAAUUACUGAAAAUGGUCCGCGUGUAUGGCAACAUUGAGAAGUUUGAUAUGCUGUUUCAUCGGAGUGGACCCAAUGCUGGGCAACCGCGAGGCUUUGCCUUUGUUACGUACAAGCUGAGACAAGAUGCCAUACAGGCAAUGAAGUCACUUAAUGGCCAACUGCUGGGCUCCAAAAGAAUCUGUGUGAAGUUUGCUAAAAACACUUCUGAUGAUCAAAACAAAGCCAAGACGGAGUUGGGGCUGGCUGUGUUGACUGCAGGAAAACCAGAAAUGAAGCUAAGCAAGAAAACUGCCAUACAAUCCAUUGAGGCCAAAUUAAAAAUGAUGGAGAACUCCAAAGAUGCUGAGGAUUUUGUUAUAAACAAACUUGCAGCAAAUGAAACACCAAUCAUAGCGCAGUACCAAACUAAAUUAUUAACAAACAAAAGUGGCCCUUCGUACAAAAGACGUCACCAUCCAUAUCAUAAAAAAAGAUAAUCUGUAUUAAAAGUUAGUUGAUAAUAAUCAUGUUUCUAGUGAAAUAUUCUUGAUUGAUCUUGUUAAAAUAUUUGGUUUAGGUAGCUACCAAAUAUGUUUCAUAUUUUAAAAUCAGUAUUACAAUGUAGCUAUACAUGUUCGAAAAUAGUACAAGGGCGCUUAUACUUUUAUAAAAUUCUAACCGUUUAAAUAUAUUAUGAUUAGUUUUAAAGGAUUGUUCAAGUGUUUAAUAAAUAAGAAAUAACGUAGAUUUUAAUUGAAUAUAAGUGUGCUCAUGAGUUACUUUGUAAAGUUUUUAUAUUUUAAACUUAACUUAUUAAUAGAUUUAAUUUUAUUUUAUUCACUGUAUUAUUGAUAUUAACAAAAAGACUCAAUCUCUCUCUCAUUAGUUAUUAAUUUUUAUAUUUUUUACAAGUAGGAAAGCCAAUUACGAAACUCUGGCCCUCAUAGAUAAAAAUAUUUUGUUUUCUCUAAGGCAAUAAUAUUGAAC